AUGUUUGUUACCAGAUCUCACUCUGACACUCUUCACAAUAUGGCGGAUAACUGCGAGUAUGUCGCCCAUUUUCCUAAACUUGAGGAUUUAUGCGUUCAGUUCAUCCGUGUUAAUGUGAAAUACUGGAAACCUGAAGAAUUUUUAGGUAAAAUUCCAUGAUUGCUUUAACCAAUCCGCGGUAAAAUAGCAAUUUUUAUGAUGUGCCGAACAGUGAAACCACUAUUCUUUUUCCAGAUCAUGUGUUUAUAUCCAAAUUUCAAAUUUUCCAAUAUGAUUUCUCGUAGUUCUUGUCGCAAUAUUAUAUAGAAGCUUUCAAUUUUCAAAAUGGCUUCCUCACAGCUUGUUUAUUAGUUUAAGAUUGAACUUGUCUCAAGCUUCUUUUGAACUGCGUUAAUGCUAUUCCUUUUUUUUUCAAGGAAUUCCAGGACAUCUUCUCCUACCAAUUUUGGAAAACCUUGAUCCUCUAGAGAUUGAGAAACUUGAAGACUCCAGUAUUUUCAAAGCAAUGAGUAUGUUGGAAAAAAGUAUCUUGUUAAUAGAACUUAAUACAUUUAAAGCUUUAUGUGGUAUGUUUUUGAAUACAAUAAAUUUUCUUGUCACAGACCAACAUCAUGAGUCUGUACUCUGGUGCAUCAAUCUUUUUAACAUUUUUUUAUCUAUUUCUUUCCAAAAAAUAAUUGAAAGGAAUUGACACUAAUCCACUCUGGAGAAACAUUUACACUGCAAAGUGGCCAAGAAAGAGUAAGUGGCCUGAGGUGUACUUUAAAACAAAGGGAAUCACACGAGAACAAGAACUUUGGAAGAUUUAUUACCUUCAAAGACUACUACAAGAGGCUCUUAAUGGAUGUAACGUCAGUGGUUUAAAAAUUUGUUCGUCAUCUGCAGGUAUGAAAUAUGAUAACUAAACUAUUGUUAGUAAUACCCAAAGGUUACGGAGCGCAAGCAACAAUGAUCGAAGGUCAAAACGCUUUUGCUCCAAUGAUGUGCUUUGGGUAAGUUUCACGUGACAGAUAGUCACAACAUGCAUGAUCAGGUUACGAGUGAUAUAAGCUCUGAAUGCAUGUGAUCAAAUUGCAUUUUAGGUUCAUUCCAUUCAUUCUUAGUGGAAGUCCAAACGAAUGCUGGCUACAUAUGUGCGACGCAUGUGUAAAUACAACCUGGAGAUUAGGAUUGGGGGCUCCUUUUGUCCCCCACAAUAAUAAAUCAGUGAUUGAAAGAUAAUGCCAUUUAAAUAACAUGUUCACUUCUUUUUCAUUCCAGAAAGUGAUGACUACAGAUUGCAAAACAUAAUUUCAGCUUGUGCAAGAUAUGCAGCAUAUCUUAGGAUUUAUAAUCCAUCAAUUAUUUAUCUGGCAAAGAACUGGGAUAUUGUUGAGCAACUUGCUGAGUGUGUUGAAUUUCUAGAAAUUUUCAUGCUUAGAAACAAUGGAGUUGAGCCACUGUGUCAUCUCCUUCAAGUAUUUAUAUCAAAGAGACUGAAAUCUAUUGGAUUCUGUUUUUGCAAAGUAAACAGUGUUGAAUUGUGGAGUAAAAUAUUUUGUUCCUUGUUACCAUUACAAGAAAAUGGUUGCAACAUUGCUGACAUAGAAAAGGAGGAAAGUGUUCCUUUUGAAGACAAUGAUAAUCCUCAUCAAUCCCUACCAUGGAAAUUAAUUAAUGAAAUGGGAAAUUGCACAUCUCCUCCAAGUGUCUUAGAUGAUGUCAACAUUUAUGAGUUUACUGAUGAUGACUUGUCAGUUUUUCCAAAGAGUACAUCUUUUAAGAGACUUAGUAGGACCUCAUCAACGUGACCUACAAAUGGAGUCAAUCCGUGUUCACUUCGGAGAAGUUCAAGAUCAGGUCUAGAGAAACUACGUCACAAAUCGACCUGUAACCAUGGACGGGAUUGCAGAGAAGUCCCAAGAGAGCUUUUGCAAGUAAAUGACAGUCAACAAGACACAGAUAAAACCUCAGACCACUGUCAAGUUAUCCCAAAAGCUAUUAAACCUACAAAGCCGCUUUCACUGUUUCACAGUUUAUCAAAUGUUGGCUGCUCUUUAGUUCAUUUUGAGCUGACUGCCUUCUGGCUGCAUCAAGAUCUCCUUGAACUGUUUGUUAAUAGUUUAAAAUGUUGGACAAACUUAAAGUCACUGACACUUGAAGACAAUGGUCUAAGCUUCCAGCCUCUGAGCUUAUCACAGAAGUUAAUGGAUACACUUUAUCUCCUCUGCACACAAGGAGAACUGCAUUGCCUGAAAAUCACAAAUAACCUAGUGAGUGAUAGCAUCACAAAGUUUCUUGUGGAAAGAUUAAUUGGUUCAUUUUGCUGGAAGUGUAACCAAGAGUCCAAGUCUUUGACAAAGUUCAAACUUUCUUCCUUUCAAGUUUCUGAAGCCUUCUGUGCACAUUUAAGAACAGCAAUAAAAGAUGUUUGUUUUUGUUCACUAAAGAAUUUAGAGGCAUCUUCUACACAUAAAUCCAAGACAACAGAUAGUGAAGAUUCUAUCGAACCAGAGUGCAUGGAUCUGGGUAUUUCCUUGGGAAGUAAAAGAAAAACAAAAUUUCAGGUUCCAGUCAAAAAUGAGAGAUUCACAUUGCAUAAUGGUUCCUGUGUAAACAAUGAAGUUGACAACUGUCAAGAAGAAUAUUCGAUUAGGGAGACAUGUUCAUGCCAUGAAAGUUUCAAUGAGCCUGGCAAUGGUGACUUGAACUUCAUUAACAGGAAUGACAACUGUACAAAAACAGCUUUUGAGCAGAAUUAUCCAGGAUCUUUUGAAGCAGCAUCAAACAUGGCUAAUUUCACAGAAAUUCCAGCUUUAGAUUCCAGUAAAAUCAUCCAGUUUAAUGGCUGCAAUUCCAAAGAGUUUGUUGGCAUCCAAGAACUGCGAUUGACUUGUCCAGUUGGGGAUAGAGGAGCAAGCUUGAUCUCUGAUGGACUGCAAAGUAAUAGCUCACUUCUUUCUCUGAGUUUGGUCAAUUGUAAUAUCUCAACUGCAGGGCUAGGUGACAUCUUUAAUGCCAUAACAGGUAUGACUAUUUACACAUUACAUAGUAACAACACUGACUAUAAUCCUGUUUACAGAUUUUUUUCAAAAUAUUUUUAACAAGAGAGUGAAUGGAUGAAUGCAGAAAAAGGAAAAGAUGUACCCUCCCUGACCCCUUGCACUCUCCAUCAAUUAUUGUCUCAAUUAUUGGUUUUUAUUUAUAGAUCAGCUUAAUUAAGAAGAGAAAAUUAAUAGAAGGUACAACAGGCUAUGAUUGUAUAAUUAUUUAAUUUAACAUGCAAUAUUGGACAUAACCCUUCAGCCUUAAGCCUUUUCUGAGACUCCACAAUUAUAUUUAUCUAACAGAGUUUACCGGGCUUCUAAAAUUACAUUAAUUACGUUUUCACUGUUGAUCUCAAUAUUCUUUCAUGGUGUAAUGUUGCUCUUUGAUCAGGUCACAGAUCUCUGAAACACCUGUCUGUCAAAGGCAACAGAUAUGAUCCCAGUAGAAAUAACAAGCUGACAGAGAUGCUAACAAUAAACAAAACACUCACAGAUUUGAAUCUCAGCAGCUGUGGACUCGGAGGUAAAGCUAAGAAAGUACUUCAGUGUUGACAAUUUGCCAUUUUUCUGUUUAAUAUGUGUAUUAUUUUAUGUUAGUUCUGCUUGGUACAAAUGUAUUAAAUUUUUCUCUGAGUUGUGACGUGGUUUAUCCUCUUUUUAAAAACCAACAUUCUUAAAUUCCUAUUUUUGUUAUUAGAGCUGGAAAAUGGCAAUCAAAGAUUUGAUUAGAACCUCUGAUCUUCAGGUUCCAGAACCAGCAUUGUUGUUGUAUGGUUGUUCAGCGUGCAAAGAAAGUACUGUCCGAUAGCCCAGUGCUAGUGGAUUUUGCUAUCGGGCUGGUGAAUUCUGUUUUUAACUUGCCCGACGGGCAAGUGAUGUUUUAUGAGGAAUUUGAAUAACAGAAGAACAAAAAGUUUUUGGGGCUAGUUGAAAUGACGUCUGGGCUAGCAAAAUGCUAGCUUCAGCUUGCCCGAAUGGCAAGCUGUAGAAAUGAUUUUCUUUGCACCCUAUUGUUGUUGUUGUUGUUCAUGUUUUUUUUUGUAUAAUUGUUUCAAUUCUAAGGCAUGCAACAUUGGGACUCCCACUUGCUUUCACUCACUGAAAAGUGGAAAAACCUGUUCUGCAUGCUCCCAAUCAUCUGUGAAUGCACUUCCAUAAGAAUUAUAAUCAUUUAUUCAUAUGGUUAUCAAAGUUAUAUGCACAUGUCAACACAUUGUAAUGGUUGACAAUGUAAGUCAUUAUAACAUAAGCUUCGUUUUCUUCAUUCUUUAUUCCAUCUCAGUUUCAGAUUCAGAGUUCUUUGGUGACAUAAUUCAUGCCUUGUGCAUCAACAGCACCUUAACAAGCUUAAAGCUGGGAGAAAACAUUUUAGGUGAGCUUUUUCAAGUCCGUGCAUGUAGUCAAACCUCAAUUAAAUCAUCAACACAUUGCAGUAUGCUGACUCAACCAGGGCUGUCGGCCUUCCUGGGGGCAGGGGUGCUUCCCUGGCUAAUUUCAUUAAAGGAAAAGAAUAGAAGAAAAAUAGAACCAAACGAAAUCCCACACUGCAAGCUGUUUAAUUCCCCAUCUACCUGUUGUGCAUUAAUAAAAAAAUUUUCAUAAAUUAACACAGAAAUUUGAAAAGUAACUUAGUGACAGCCUUGCACAACACUAUUUGUACAUGUAAAUGAAACAUGUUCACUUUCUUCAAAUACAUGUAGAUCAUAAUCACAGAUGGUUUUAGUUAAGAAAUGAAUGCUUAUAAUAUACAGGGUAGUUGCUCACAUUUGUUCACCAAUACACAUUGGCAACCGCUGGCAUGCUCAGGCUUUUAAAUGACCACCCCAUAAAUGUUAUUGCCAACCCUAGAAAAAAAGUGUCGUUUCUUCUUUCUUACACCAUGCUUACUUUGUUGUGUGGUGUUGUUUUUGUUGUGCAGGUGAUGCUCACAUUGCUGCUUUAUCACAAGUUUUCAUUCAUCCAAGCAAAACUUCAGGAAUAAACAAAUUAGAAUUAAGGUAUGUUAAUGUAAUAGUUAUUAUUUUCAUCUACAUGUAUUAAUGGCAGACUUACCGUCAAAUUCCGAAAAUGAGCCCCAGGGCUUAUAUUUUUCAAAGGCCCUUUUUGAGGGGCUUAUUUUUGGAGGGGCUAAGGUGUACGAAGGGAAAUUUGCCUUUCAAAAGGGAUGGGCUAGCUUGUAGUGGGGAGGAAAUUUACCAUUUUUGCUUUGUUUUUAGUUUGUAUUCGAGGGCAAAUUCCAAGUACAAGCCCCCCGGGUGCGCAUACAUUUGGAGGGGUGAUUUAACAGGGGUUUUUUUGUGUUACGAUUUUGGGGGUGGGGGGGGGGGGGCUUAUAAUUAUUUGGAGGGGCUUGUACAUGGAGGGGCUUGAUUAUUUUCGGAAUUUAUGGUAUGUUUAUAAAUUAACUUGGUUGUGUAAACCUCUAAUCGCUAGUUUGUUUUAUUAUGAAAGAUACUUUUUAAUAAAUAGGACAUUAGCAAGUUGCUUCAAGCCUCAGUCUUAAGGUGGCUGAAUACAGUUUUGGCAGUUUGUGAGUGUAUGUCAUUUGCCAAAUCAUGGCAAGAGAAAGGUUGCAGCUCACAAGCUGAAACUUGACAAGUGAAAAAUAUACUGAUGAAAGAUUUUGAUUGUUUCCAUGGCAACAGGAACAAUUGAAUACAACCUUAAAAUUUCACUUUUGCUCAGUUUACAUGAAAUUCGCUCUUGAGAUUUUCCUAUAAAACUUAUUUGACCAAAUUUUAACUGAUGGGUUUAGAUGAUCAAUUAUUGUACUGUAUUAAUUGUUAAAUGUGUCACUAAAUUUGUCUGUUCAACUUCCAUUUGAAAGUUCUCAUUAUUUAAAAUACAAUACAAGUAUAAAUUCUGCCAAAUGUUACAAAAUUUUAAUGAGUAGAUUUGUAGAAAUUGUCUUCUGUGUACCAUUGCUUUUUUUGCCACCAUGUUUGUGUCCCAUUUAAAACACGCGCCAUCAUGCAAGUUACCACUGACCGCCUGCAAAACUGUGUUUAGCCACCUUAAAGCAAGGCUAGUGCAAAUUAAGUCAUUGAUAUGAAAACGAUUUUUUAUUCUCAUGCUCAUAAAACUCAUUUUCAGUGAAGAAAGAUUUUGCACUUAGCCUCAUUUUAAAAGACUGUGGAGGCAUGUGUGGCAUUAAGCAGUUAACACCUCCACCUCUGAAUCUGGAUGUCCGGGGUUCAAGCCCUGCCCAUCACAUUGUUUCUUUAUAGACAAGGAACUUUACUCCACUUUGUCUCUCUUCACGUAGGUGUAUAAAUUAAUGGGUACUGGCGACAUGGUGCUGAGGGGUAACCCUGCGAUGGACCAGCAUCCCAUCCAGGGGAGAGUAGCAAUAUUCUUAGGCAUGCUUCAUACUAUAAAGAAACCAGGAUAAGCUCCGGCCAUUUGGUCCUUUAACUUGUGGGCGUCUUUGCCUUUGUAACUAUCUUUUUUUUGAAAGUGAGAGUUUUUGGAACUUGGUAAUGGCCUCUUGAGAGGAACUCUGUGAACUGAACCUGUGAAUUUCAAGGUGCCCUGUUUAAUGACAUUUAUGGGAAAUUAAGAUUUCCUAGUCACCCAAUGCAAGAGCAAAAGCAAGCUACCAACGGAAACAGGCCAGGGGGCUGCUUGCACAGAACUGCAACUGUAGCAUACCUAAUUAUGAUCCAAAAUUAUAAUCUUCCUUUUUUAUUUUUUUUCCUCCUCAUAGCAACAACCCAAUAUCACUGGAAGGUUUGUCAGUUUUAGCCUCAUCUCUGGAGUGCAUUAAACCAAGAAAACUGGAUGAACUCAAACUGACGGCAGCAAAUAUUCUGGGCUCAAAACCACAUCAGGUCUUGUCAAAUCUCCAAUGUGUGGUGCACACUUUGAUAGUAGAACACUUGGACAAGGCAACCUUAUUUGCAGAUUUUUUGAGUCAAAUGUGA